AUGCGCAUAUUUCUAUUUCUGGUGAUGUGCAUUGGGUUUUGUUACUCCGAAGCAGCUAUAAAGUACCUCCACGUGCUCUCCGAAAUCCAAUCACGCUUCGCCAGCACCGAUAUUGUGUCCGAGAUUGAAAAUUUGGAGGGAUUUUCGGAAGUGGUAAAAAUCACCGCCGAGCUUCCGCCAAACGCCUUUAUACGCUCGUUUUAUUUGGAUCGCGAUGGCAACAUUACCUACGGCGUCAUAAAGGCCAAAGAAUUAGCGGAUCAAGAAUUUAUCGACGCGAAGCAACAAUCAAAAGUGGCGGCAAGGCUGAGGCAAAGCAAUUCGAAAAUCUUCGAAUUGGAAGUGAAUCUACCGCCAAGAGCCCAUAUUGCUUUUAACCUGACGUAUCAGGAAGUUCUCCAUAAAUCCAGCUAUGUCUACAAGCAUGCCGUCUACGUUAAUGCUUCACUGCCAAUCAAAGACCUCCAAAUCAACGUCCUAAUCGCCGAUCGACACAACUUUUCGACAAUUCACGUCCCCCAAUUCGCGCCCGGCAUCAAUGAGCUGCCAAAUUCCGAACUACUAGCAAGACCAGUGGAUUCCCGAGUGAUCCUACAAGCCGCGGGAGAUACAAGUGGGAAUUUGGCAUAUAUCUCUUACGAAGCCGCUGAUGUUGUUGAUGAUGGGGAACUCGUAAUUUUGUAUAAUACAACGGCACCUGCUGGUCAAAACGAGAUAACCGUGGUCGAUGGCUUCUUCCUCCAGCAAUAUACCCCCUCUGAUGAUGUUCAAAACGGCAAUAAAACCGUUUUAUUCGUUCUUGACAAAAGUGGUUCGAUGAAUGGACGGAAAAUUGAGCAGCUUAAAACAGCGAUGGCACAAAUCCUGCGUGAACUUCAACCUCAGGAUCGUUUCAAUAUAAUUUUAUUCGAUCGCUCGACGAAAGCCUGGAAGCCUGAACCCGUUAUUGUCACCCGUGAAAGUGUUGACGAAGCUAUUGAGUAUAUAAACGCCGUAGAAGCGCAUGGAGGUACCAAUAUUGCUGAUGCGCUUUUGAAGGCUGUGACAAUGCUAGAUGAAGCAGAGAAACAGCAAAAAUCCUUCCUGGCGACCAUCGUAUUUCUGACAGACGGCCAGCCGACGGUGGGAUUAAAGCACACCGAUGAGAUCCUCGAAACCCUGCCGGAAAACGACUACCCAAUUGAAUCGAUCGCUUUUGGGGUCAAUGCAUCUUACAGUCUUCUGAAGCAGAUCUCCGGUCAGCAUCAAGGUUUUGCCAAGAGGAUUUUCGAAAAUGCGGAGAGUGACGUGCAGAUUGCUGGCUUCUACAACGAAAUGGCGUACCCUAUCGCGAAGGACGUUACGAUCAAAUAUUUGGACAGUCAGGUCGACAUCGGCAGCGUGGUCAGCGCCGACGAGAGCAAGAUGUUAUUCCAGGGCCAAGAAUUGACCUCAAUUGGCAAAUUGCAGCCGGAAGCGGUGGUGGGAAGCACCAACACGAUCAAUACGACUAUCGAAGCUUCAUUGGAUGAGGGACCGAAAACAAUCGAUUUCAACGCUCCACCAGUCACCCAUUGCGUCGAAGAAAGCCUGUUGCUUCAAGUCGACAUCCAGAAUGUUAAAGAAAUCAAAAUCUGCGGAAAAACCAACACGAUCGGCAACUUUAUCGAACGAAUGUGGGCCCAGCAGACCAUUCUGAAGUACGAACGGAUACUCGAGACAUCGGCAGUAACUCCUGAAGAAAAAGAGAAUGUUGCUGAGAGGAUUAAGCAGUUGGCGAUGAAGUACGGGAUGGUAACCUCGCAAACUUCUAUGGUUGUCGUACUUGAAAAUGAAAAGCGAGCUCUCCGACAAACCGAUUCUGAAGCGGAAGGAGAGGAAGAGGAGCACCACCAUACGGCCGGUCAUUCCACCCUUAUUUACGCUUUACUAACCAUCAAAAAGAACGGAAUGCCACUAACAACGCACACACUAAUGAUCGGCUUUUGCAGUGAGGACGAAUUCGGAGAGCCGAUCGUUAAGCUACAAAGAGCUGAACUUGGUGAGGAGUUCCGGAUACCGUAUGAUGCGCGCAAGAUCGAUUAUCCAGCCGAAUGCUCCGCCGAAGUGUUCAUCUUUGUCGGCGAGACUUGGAGCCGCCAAAUAAAUCGUAUUCGCGCUCGACGCUUCGGAGCAGAAAUUGUUGCCCAGAUGCCACCGCUAUCUGACCCAAUCCCCGGAAUUUUGGCCAGCAAUGGAACCUUGGUUUUGGAAGGUCGAGGAGACGAGCGGGAGCUUUUCAAAAUGGUCCGCGAAAACCCAACCCGCCGUCACAUCCUACUCCUAAUUGCCGAGGUGGUCCCAGAGCGAACCCUACAGUACCUCGACGCCCUCCGCCCCGGUCUUAUUGAAUUAAUCGUUGUCUCGGCCACCGCCUGCGCGCUGCUCUCUGCCUCUAAGGACCCGACGCGCACGCGCACCACAUCAACCCCGAACACGUCAGCAAAUCCGGCGACUUGCCCCACCGGCGAAUUCUGCUACAAUGACGGCACCUCGGACAAUUGCUACGCGGCCGCCAAAUGCCCCACGCUGAACGCCACCGCCGGCUUCACCAAGAGUGCAACCCCCGCCGUCACCACCACCGACCCUGCCACCUGCACCGCCCCGGAGACGUGCUACAACGACGGAACGACUGAUGCGUGCUACACGGCUGCGACAACCACCAUGGCCACCACCGCCGGUUCGACGGUGGCCACCGGAAGCACCGCCGCGACUGGCUCGACCACCGCUUCUGGCAAUUAUUCCGGAACCUGCGUUGACUCCAACACCAACUGCGCCACCUGGGUUAAGAAUGGCUUCUGCACGAGCACCGCCUACACCACCGAGCAAAAGGGAUCGUACUGCGCCAAGUCGUGCAACCUACAGCCGGCCUGCGCUGGAGGCGGCGGCGGUGUCGUUACUGGAUGUGUCGACAGCAGCGCAAACUGCCCCACCUGGGCCAGGAACGGCUUCUGCACGAGCUCCUUCUACGCCAGCCAGCUGUCGACGUGCAAGAAGACGUGCAACAUUUGC